UCUACGAGCAUUCCUCGGUGGAAAUCGUAGUUCGAUCUCUCCGCUGGAUCGUACAUCACGGUGAAACUGGUUUCUAUUGAUAAUGGACGUAAAUUACAGGAUAGAGAUCGUCACUAUCAAACAGUUCCCGUGAACGUGCACACGGUUGGUCGCUCUAAGACGAUUAGAUAACGCUUAUUGUCGCGACAAUUGGAAAAACACUCGCUACAGUGCUGCUACCGAGUGCGUGAAUUCGCGUAAUAGACAACGCGAAUACUCGUUUUCCAAAAUAAACUCCGCCAUAUAUGAUACAGAUGAAAAGACGUUGAUUUAAGCCGAUUUAUCACCGAUUCGCUCCGAUUUUAUCAACUUUCAACGUUGCAACAUUGCUCGAACGCGUACUCUAAUCACUCCGUUUGUUUUCGACGUUGUUGUGUUUACAUUCCAAAAAUCCCAUGAGCUCUGGAUCUUAUCGGACGUUAUCGUGCACCGAAUUUAACCGUCGUAGAAGAUUCUCGCGUCUCUGGUGAAAUAGUCGAUCGCGCGAUAGCUAGCGGCUCGUCGUUCGAAAACCGUGUAUCACAAAUGGGCAACGAGAAGUUCGAGUUUGCUAUAGAUCGCGGUGGAACGUUCACGGACGUGUACGCCAGGUGUCCAGGCGGCAAAGUUCGAGUGAUGAAAUUGCUGUCGGUGGAUCCCGCAAACUACGAGGAUGCACCGCGCGAAGCAAUCCGACGAAUCCUCGAGCAGGAAACCGGACGAAAGAUCGCUGGACUGAUCGACGCCUCGUCGAUCUCGUGGAUCCGAAUGGGCACGACGGUAGCGACGAACGCGUUGCUCGAGAGAAAAGGCGCGAAAAUGGCGUUGCUGAUAAACGAGGGCUUCAGAGACCUCCUUUUUAUAGGCAACCAGGCUCGACCCAACAUAUUCGACCUGCAAGUGGUCACGCCGGAAGUCCUGUACAAGAAGGUGGUAGAAGUUGGGUGCAGAGCGAUACCAGCCUCGCCCGACAAGUGUCGCUUGGACACUAAAAAUUGGCGAAGGGUGAAGGGUUCCACCGGCGAGGAUUUGUUCGUCACGCGUGAACUCGACGAGGAAAGGUUGAAGAAGGACCUGGAGGAGCUGAAACGAACCGGGAUCGAGAGUUUGUCGGUGGUUCUAGCUCACAGCUACAUGUUCGCCGAACACGAGCUCAGAGUCGGUGAACUGGCGAGGUCGGCUGGUUUCUCGCAGGUGUCUCUUUCCCACGAAGUUAUGCCUAUGACGAGAAUCGUCCCCAGAGGUUUCACAGCCUGCGCGGACGCGUACCUGACGCCCCACAUUAAACAGUACCUCCAGAGCUUUUCGUCGGGAUUCAAAGACAAAUUGGAAAACGUGAAUGUAUUGUUCAUGCAGAGCGACGGUGGAUUAACCCCGAUGAAUUCAUUUAAUGGCUCCAGAGCCAUUCUCUCCGGUCCCGCUGGCGGUGUCGUUGGCUACGCGAUGACCACCUAUGGCAAGGAAACUAAUCUGCCGGUGAUUGGGUUCGACAUGGGUGGCACUUCGACCGACGUGAGUCGUUAUGGUGGUAGUUACGAGCACGUGUACGAAAGCACCACGGCGGGGGUCACGAUACAAGCAGCUCAGUUGGACGUGAACACAGUUGCGGCAGGAGGUGGAUCGAUGCUUUUCUUCAGGUCGGGUCUCUUCGAGGUCGGGCCUGAGAGCUCAGGGGCCCAUCCAGGACCCGCGUGCUACAAGAAAAACGGUCCUCUGGCGGUCACCGACGCGAAUUUAGCCCUGGGGAGACUGUUGCCCGAAUACUUCCCAAAAAUAUUCGGUCCGAACGAAAACGAACCCUUGGACAAGUUCCGCACGAUGGAGGCGUUUCGAGCGCUCACCGAUCAAGUAAAUAACGGUCACAAGUCGAAGGGCACGAUGACGAUCGAGGAGGUGGCGAUGGGAUUCAUCAGAGUCGCCAACGAAACCAUGUGUCGGCCAAUACGAGCUCUGACGCAGGCAAAGGGCUACGACACUUCCCGCCAUGUUUUGGCGUGUUUCGGGGGCGCGGGUGGACAACACGCGUGCGCCAUCGCUCGAUCCCUCGGUAUGGGAACCGUUUUCGUUCACAAAUACGCGGGAAUUUUGUCCGCCUACGGAAUGGCUCUGGCCGACGUGGUGGAAGAAGCUCAGGAACCGAGCGCGGAAGUCUACGAGAAAGGAUCGUUCGCGCGCUUGGACGAACGCUUGGACGUCCUCGAGAAGAAAGUUCGUAGGAAAUUGUUGGCCCAAGGGUUCGAGGAUUCUCGCAUAAUCACGGAGCCAUUUUUACACUUGCGAUAUCAGGGAACGGACUGCGCUUUGAUGUGCACCCCGAGUAAAAAAGGCGAUGAAAAAGAUGGCACGAGACACGGCGAUUUUAUCACACCGUUUCUGGAAAGGUAUCAGACAGAAUUUGGUUUCACUAUGCCCGAUCGAAAGAUCCUGGUGAACGAUCUGAGAGUGCGAGGGGUGGGGAGGACAGAGGUGGAGGAGGAUUCGAUUUUACCGUCGUCCACGGAGCCUCCGAGGUUGGAGAAGGCAAGUAAACCCAAAACGAUCACCACGAUGGUGUACUUCGAGAAUGGUUAUCUGGACACCAAAGUGUACCAAUUGGAAAAUUUAUCGCCUGGCCACGUGAUACACGGGCCAGCUAUUAUAAUGGACAGCCUGAGCACCCUCCUGAUCGAGCCUGAUUGCACGGCAUCGAUCACCUCUCGCGGCGAUGUCAAGAUUACGAUCGGUCAAGGCCUGAAGGCAGAGGUCACGACCGAGUUGGACGCCAUUCAGCUCAGCAUUUUCUCCCACCGUUUCAUGAGUAUCGCCGAACAAAUGGGCAGGAUUCUUCAGAGAACCUCCAUCUCCACGAACAUAAAGGAACGUUUGGACUUCUCCUGCGCGGUAUUCGGUCCUGACGGAGGGUUGGUCUCCAACGCACCCCAUAUACCGGUCCAUCUGGGCGCCAUGCAAGAGACCGUGCAAUAUCAAAUGAGGGUUUUCAAGGGCAAAUUCACGCGAGGCGACGUGAUCCUUGCUAAUCAUCCCUCCGCCGGCGGAUCGCAUCUUCCGGACCUCACCGUCAUAACUCCUGUAUUCUACAAGGACGUGGAAAAACCGGUGUUCUUCGUGGCGAGCAGGGGGCACCAUGCUGAUAUAGGUGGCAUAACGCCUGGAUCUAUGCCGCCACAUUCCACUACUUUGCAUCAGGAAGGAGCAACUUUCAAGAGUUUCUUAUUGGUGCACAAGGGCGUGUUACGCGAAAAAGAACUGAUAGAAGAAUUAAUGGCCCCAGGGAAGAUUCCAGGGAGUUCCGGAACCAGAAACCUGGCCGACAAUCUGAGCGAUUGCAAGGCUCAGAUCGCAGCCAAUCACAAAGGCUCAUUGUUGGUGAACGAAUUGAUCGAUAUAUACGGUCUCGAGGUCGUCCAAGCGUACAUGGGUCACAUUCAACAUAAUGCAGAAGUUGCGGUGAGGGAUAUGCUGAAGUCCGUGGGAAGGAAGCUUCUACAAGAUACCGGAAGUACCACUGCGACUGCAGUGGAUUACUUGGACGACGGGAGCCCGAUUAAAUUCGCUCUGAACAUCGACGUAGAAAAGGGCGAGGCAGUUUGCGAUUUCACUGGUACCGGAUACGAAGUGUGGGGCAACUGCAACGCGCCUCGAGCCAUCACUCUUUCGGCGUUGAUCUACUGUCUGAGGUCGAUCGUUGGUCGAGACGUUCCUUUGAACCAGGGCUGUUUGAAACCCGUCCAGAUAAUUAUACCCAAGGGUUCGCUCCUGGACCCGUCGGAGGAAGCUGCCGUGGUCGGUGGGAACGUCCUCACUUCCCAACGCGUGGUCGACGUAGUUUUGCAAGCUUUUGGAGCUUGUGCAGCAUCGCAGGGCUGCAUGAACAACGUGACACUGGGCACCGAAGAAUGGGGAUACUACGAAACUGUCGCUGGCGGCAGUGGAGCCGGACCAACGUGGGACGGCAGGGGCGGAGUGCAUACGCAUAUGACCAACACUAGGAUCACCGAUCCAGAAAUAUUGGAACUUCGAUAUCCGGUUGUUCUCGAUAAAUUCUCUCUUCGUCCAGGAAGCGGAGGGGCCGGCGCCCACCCUGGCGGCGACGGUGUCAUCCGUGAAAUAACUUUCAGGGCACCGAUGAUGCUGUCUGUAUUAACGGAAAGAAGAGUGCACAAUCCGCCCGGUUUGGCAGGAGGAUCGGCUGGACAACGCGGACGGAACACGCUGAGAAGGGCAGACGGUAGAAUGAUCAACUUAGGCCCUAAAACUGCCGUGCCAGUCUGUCCAGGGGAUACCUUCAUCCUGGAGACUCCUGGAGGCGGUGGGUACGGCUUCCCCGGGACAGAGGCUCAGUUGUCGCAAAGAAAUCUCAAAGGAUUCAUCGAACGUGGAAGCGUCUUCGAAUAUCGAAAAGCACAGGAAUCCGUAUAAUCGUCGUUCACCGAGAAGA